ACUCUCAACUUGGUCAUGAAGUUGCGAGCUGCCUGAUUCUCUCAAAAUGUAAAAAACAGGGAGCAACAGAGAAAGAGACCCAAAAAAAAAAACAAGACAAAAGUUUCGAGGAAGGCAGAGACAAACACUCUUGAGAGUCUGGGCCCAGGGCCUGGGGUGUGCCCAGCAGCUGGGGGCGGGGUUGCAUAUUCCCGAGUCGGGGAGCAGUCUCCGGACAGGAUAUGAGAGAGGAACUGGGGUCUCCAGUCACGGGAGUCAGCUGGGGCUGCAGGCGGGAAGGGAUCGUGGCUGCUGUGGCUGACGUCUCCCUCUCAGGAUGCGGGUCCCCCGGCCUCAGCCCUGGGGGCUCUGCUUCCUGCUCUUCCUCCUGCCCGGGACCCUGCGCGCAGAGAGCUAUCGCUCCCUGCUGUACCACUUGACCGCGGUGUCCUCCCCCGCCCCGGGGACUCCUGCCUUCUGGGUAUCGGGCUGGCUGGGUCCACAGCAGUACCUGAGCUACAAUGACCUGCGGGCCGAGGCCGAGCCCUGCGGCGCCUGGGUCUGGGAAAACCAGGUGUCCUGGUAUUGGGAGAAGGAGACCACAGACCUGAAGAACAAGCAGAAGCUCUUCCUCGAGGCUCUCACCGUCUUGGCGAAAGGAGAUUCCUACACCCUGCAGGGCCUGCUGGGCUGUGAGCUGGGCCCUGACAACGUGUCGGUGCCGGUGGCCACAUUUGCCCUGAAUGGCGAGGAGUUCAUGAAGUUCGAUCCCAAGGAGGGCACCUGGGAUGGAGACUGGCCCGAGGCCAAGAGCAUCAGCGACAAGUGGAUGCAGCAGGCGGAAGCUGUGAACAAGGAGAAGACCUUCCUGCUGUACUCCUGCCCCCAUCGGCUGCUGGGCCACCUGGAGAGGGGCCGUGGAAACCUGGAGUGGAAGGAACCCCCCUCCAUGCGCCUGAAGGCCCGGCCAGGCAGCCCCGGCUUUUCUGUGCUCACCUGCAGCGCCUUCUCCUUCUACCCGCCGGAGCUUCAGCUGCGAUUCCUACGGAAUGGGCUAGCGGUUGGCUCAGGGGACAGCGACGUUGGCCCCAAUGGCGACGGCUCCUUCCACGCCUGGUCAACGCUAACAGUUAAAAGUGGAGAUGAGCACCACUACCGCUGUGUGGUGCAGCACGCGGGGCUGCCGCAGCCCCUCAUUGUGGAACUGGAAUCAUCAGCCAAGUCCGUGAUGCCAGUGGUUGGAAUCGUCAUCGGCCUCUUACUGAUCACGGCAGUGGCUGUAGGAGGAGCUCUGCUGUGGAGGAGGAUGAGGAACGGGCUACCAGCCCCUUGGAUCUCUCUCCGUGGGGACGACGGAGGGACCCUCCUGCCCACUCCUGGCCUGCCCAAGGAUGUUGAUUCUUAGGACAUAUAAGCAUUGUUAGCAACUGUCUGAUCGUCCCCCAUCCUGACUGUUACCAGCUAAUGCAGUCAGGUCCCUUUCAUGCUGUGAGACGUCCUGGAAUCCUGAUAUUUCUGAGCCUCCGGAAGGGGUCCUGGGCCGGGUGUCCUCCCUCUGGAUUUGUCCUCCUGUGAUCUGCCUCAGUUUCCCCUCCUAAUAUAUAUGGCUCUUUUCCACCUCCACAUAUAACAUGAGUUUGGGCCCGAA